AUGCUUCGUAAGGAGAUUUUUGGUGCGGUUUGUGACUUUUGUCUGUUCAACUCCCUUCAGGUUUCCAUCGCCAAGGUGCUCCUCGGAGUUUUUGGGGUUGCAGUUGUCGUCAUUUUGAUAGCGGUACCCGCGGCUAUAUAUUUGCAAGAGGAUCAGGGGGGAAACAAGAAGCAGAGAGCUUUCACCCUGGAGGAUGUCUUCAACAAUUCACUGAAACCAAAGUCCUACAACAUGAGGUGGAUCUCAGAUCAUGAGUAUUUGCAUAAGUCUGAAGGCUCGGUCUACCUCUACAACGUGGUCACAAAUAAAGUCUCAGAGUUCUUGAGCAGUGAGAAGUUUAUGGAAAAAAAUGCUGAAGAUUACCAGCUGUCUGCUGACCGCAAAUAUGUUGCUUUCAUGAGCAACUAUACCAAGCUGUGGAGGCACUCAUUUACAGCUUCAUAUUCACUUUAUGACCAGGAGUUAAAUGCUUUCCAGUACUUUGCCUGGGCUCCCGAAGGGAAUAAACUGGCCUUUGUUUGGGAAAAUGAUGCAUAUAUAAAGACAAGCCCUGUGUCCCCAGCACAGCAAGUCACAUUCAAUGGCAAGGAAAAUGAGAUUUUAAAUGGGAUACCAGACUGGGUGUAUGAGGAGGAGAUGUUCUCAUCCAAUCAGGGCCUCUGGUGGUCACCUACAGGGAAGUAUGUUGCCUAUGCUGAGUUCAAUGACACAGGCGUCCACCUUAUGGAGUACUCUUGGUACGGCGAGAACCAGUACCCCAGUACUGUUUCUAUUCCAUAUCCAAAGCCAGGUACUCCUAACCCUGUUGUUAAACUGUUUGUUGUGGACACCGACAACACGACAAAAAUUACUGAAGUUGUUGUUCCAGCUUCAUUCAGCUCAAGUGAGCACUACUUGGCCUCUGUUACUUGGGUGACAGACAAUCGUAUUGCUGUUCAGUGGCUGAAGAGAGUACAAACCCACCUCAUUCUUCAGAUCUACAAAUUUAGUGGAUCCACAUGGGAUCCCGUUGAGCAUCUGGAGGUGACUAGUUCCAGUGGGUGGAUUGGAAGGUUCUCUCCACCAGAACCUGUUUUUGCUCCAGACAUGCACAGCUAUUAUCUGCUGAUGAGUGACACCAAAGGGUACAAGCACAUUCACCAUGUGGUUAAUGGCACAGCUACACCAAUCACCUUUGGAGAAUGGGAAGUCAUUGACAUUCUGAAAGUCACAGCAGAUAGUGUAUACUAUUCAAGUAACCAAGAGGGCAACAAGCCAGGAGGAAGGAAUGUUUACAAGUGGACCAAACAACAAGAGACCAAGUGUCUGACUUGUUCAAUACAUGGGGGGAAAGACUGUCAGUAUAACUCAGCUUACCUCAGCCACAAUGCUUCCUUCUACCGUAUGAGCUGCAAUGAACUGAAACCCUUGGAAGACAAUAAUGCAUUUAGGAGCAUGAUAUCUGACAUCCAAAUGCCCAGCAUGAGUCGUGGCUUUUUCAGACUUGGUGGAUACAAUCUCUGGUUCCAGAUGUUUUUCCCUCCAGGCUUUGAGAAAGACAAGAAGUACCCUUUACUGAUAGAUGUGUACGCAGGUCCCUGCAGUCAGAAAGCAGACUUCGCCUACAGGGUGAGCUGGUCCACUUACCUGGCCAGCACAGAGAAAAUCAUCAUCGCCAGCUUUGAUGGAAGAGGAAGUGGUUUCCAGGGCGACAAGAUAAUGCAUGAAAUCUACAAACGUCUGGGAACCUAUGAGGUGGAAGAUCAGAUAACAGCAGCCAAGGAAUUCAUCAAAAUGGGCUUCAUUGACAAAGACAGAGUUGCUAUUUGGGGCUGGUCUUAUGGUGGAUAUGUAACAUCAAUGGUCUUGGGAUCUGGCAGUGGGGUUUUCAAAUGUGGAAUAGCUGUGGCUCCAGUCUCCAAAUGGGAAUAUUAUGAUUCUAUCUACACAGAGCGUUACAUGCUGGAACCAUCAGAAAAUAAUCUCGCCUACACUAACUCAACAGUAACUGAGAGAGCCAAGAAUUUUCAUUCAGUACAGUAUCUCCUGAUUCAUGGAACAGCUGAUGACAAUGUUCAUUUCCAGCAGGCAGCUGAGAUAUCAGAAUCUCUGGUGGAGGAGCAGGUGGACUUUGAAGCAAUGUGGUACACUGACAAGGAUCAUGGCCUUGACGGCUCAGCCUAUCAACACGUCUACACCCACAUGAGUCACUUCCUACAGAGGUGCUUUGCAUGAAGUCUGCUGUCUGAAGUAUUAGGCCAUGUUCACACUGCA